CAGUCUUCUCCAGCACAGCGUCGCAAAGGGGCCGGAAAGCGUGGCGGCGCAGGCGCAAGCGCAGAGAGCGGAGGCGGUGGUGGUGGCGGCCGCUGGCCAGUGUAAGAUGGCGGCGGCGUUGGUGGCGGCAGUGGACGGGGCGGCUGGGCCCGGAACAGUUGGAGCAGCCGCUGGCAGAAGGAUGACCCAAGACGGGAAGCGGGCUGCUGAGCCUCGCCGGCUCCCGUGCUUGUAACUGCCCCAGCCGGACAUUUCCCCCCCCCCCCCUUGACCUACCCGGUCCGUGUCUCGUUCCGGCUUGGCCUGACCCCUUCUCCCCUGGCCCAAACCCCUUCAGGAUGGGUUUGACUCCUUUCCCAAGCUCCCAGGGCUCAGGUCUUUUUCGCAUGACCCGAGUCGCCGCUGGGAGGACUGGCCGCCCUUCCCUCAGUCCUUCGGUGAAUCUGCAGACCUAUUUUCUCAGGAGCUCAGCUUGACCCUACUUCAGUGAUAAAGGAGGAAAGGCUGGCUACAGUAAAUAUCAUUCAAGAUGUCCAGCAAAGGGAGCAGCACAGAUGGCAAAACAGACUUAGCUAAUGGAAGCCUGUCUAGCAGUCCAGAGGAGAUGUCUGGUGCUGAGGAGGGGAGGGAGACAUCCUCAGGCAUUGAAGUGGAGGCUUCAGACCUGAGCUUGAGCUUGACCGGGGAUGAUGGUGGCCCCAACCGCACCAGCACAGAGAGUCGAGGCACAGAUACAGAGAGCUCAGGUGAAGACAAGGACUCUGACAGCAUGGAGGACACCGGUCAUUACUCCAUCAAUGAUGAGAGCCAAGUCCAUGACCGCUCAGAGGAGGAGGAGGAGGAGGAAGAGGAGGAGGAAGAGCACCCUCGUCGUCGUGUGCAGCGCAAGCGGGCCAAUCGUGACCAGGACUCAUCAGACGAUGAGCGGGCCCUGGAAGACUGGGUGUCCUCAGAGACAUCAGCCCUGCCCCGACCUCGCUGGCAAGCCCUUCCUGCCCUUCGGGAGCGGGAGCUGGGUUCAAGUGCCCGCUUUGUGUAUGAGGCUUGUGGGGCAAGAGUCUUUGUGCAGCGCUUCCGCCUGCAGCACGGGCUUGAAGGCCAUACUGGCUGUGUCAAUACUCUGCACUUUAACCAACGCGGCACCUGGCUGGCCAGUGGCAGCGAUGACCUGAAAGUGGUGGUUUGGGACUGGGUGCGGCGGCAGCCAGUGUUGGACUUUGAGAGCGGCCACAAGAGCAAUGUCUUCCAGGCCAAGUUCCUUCCUAACAGUGGUGACUCCACCCUGGCCAUGUGUGCCCGUGAUGGACAGGUUCGGGUGGCAGAGCUGUCAGCCACGCAGUGCUGCAAGAACACAAAGCGCGUGGCCCAGCACAAGGGGGCGUCCCACAAGUUGGCCCUGGAACCAGACUCUCCCUGUACGUUUCUGUCUGCCGGUGAAGAUGCAGUUGUCUUCACCAUUGACCUCAGACAAGACCGACCAGCUUCGAAACUGGUGGUGACAAAAGAAAAGGAGAAGAAAGUGGGGCUGUAUACAAUCUAUGUGAAUCCUGCCAAUACCCACCAAUUUGCAGUGGGUGGACGAGACCAGUUUGUAAGGAUUUAUGACCAGAGGAAGAUUGACGAGAAUGAAAACAAUGGAGUACUCAAGAAAUUCUGCCCUCAUCACCUGGUGAACAGUGAGUCCAAAGCAAACAUCACCUGCCUUGUGUACAGCCACGACGGCACAGAGCUCCUGGCCAGCUACAAUGAUGAAGACAUUUACCUCUUCAACUCCUCUCACAGUGAUGGGGCCCAGUAUAUUAAGAGAUAUAAGGGCCACAGAAAUAACGCCACAGUAAAAGGCGUCAAUUUCUAUGGCCCCAAGAGUGAGUUUGUGGUGAGCGGUAGUGACUGUGGGCACAUCUUCCUCUGGGAGAAAUCCUCCUGCCAGAUCGUUCAGUUCAUGGAGGGGGACAAGGGAGGCGUGGUAAACUGUCUUGAGCCCCACCCUCACCUGCCUGUGCUGGCAACCAGUGGCCUAGACCAUGAUGUCAAAAUCUGGGCGCCCACAGCUGAAACUUCCACUGAACUUACAGGGUUAAAGGAUGUGAUUAAGAAGAACAAGCGGGAACGGGAUGAAGAUAGCUUGCACCACACUGACCUGUUUGAUAGCCACAUGCUCUGGUUCCUCAUGCACCACCUGAGACAGAGACGCCAUCACCGGCGCUGGCGAGAACCUGGGGUUGGGGCCACAGACGCCGACUCUGAUGAGUCUCCCAGCUCCUCAGACACAUCGGACGAGGAGGAGGGUCCUGACCGGGUGCAGUGCAUGCCAUCCUGAGGCCUCAUACCCAGGAGGGGUGGGCUGGGGCUGCCAACCCGAUCCUGCCUGGGCAGCCCUUUCCUGUGCCAGGCCCUAACAUUCAGCAGAAACGCACUUUGGACUUUUUUGCUUUAGAUUUAAAAAAAAAAAAAAAAAAAGACAUCCCAGGAGGACAAGCCAGAGGGGAGCAAACCCACAGAGAGCACCUGGGAGUGGGAGCUGGGCCCUGGGAUGGGGCUCCACGGAGAGGCGCAUGGACUCAGCAGGAGUGGCUUCCCCCCAGACCCUUUUUGGGGGCAAGGGAGAGCCUGUUUUAUUAACUGGUUUGGGGUAGGGAAUGGGGUUUCCUUUUCUUUGGUCUCCCUUGUUUCUUGGGUGGCGGGUGGGGGGAUAACUGGCUGUUCAGUACCAAGGGGCCAGGCUGGGGGUGGUAGAAAAGCCACACUCUCUUUGGUUUAGGUUUUUGACUUUAUUUUCUUUAUUUUUUAAAAGCCUAUGACAGUUGCAUUGUUUUUUCUCUGCCCGCCUGACCCCCCGCCCCUGAGCAACCCCAUCCCAGGAUCCUGUUUUUCUGGGAAGUCUUUUUAAUAAGAGUCCCUAACCAU